AUGUUAGCCAGGUGUAGCUCGAGGCUGUACUUGCGCAUCAUGAAUAUGGAUCUUCGUCUCGAAGGCGAGGGCAAGUUCUGGGAGAUUGUGCAGCAAGGCCAGAGAACCAUUUCGGCUUUUGGAAAGCUGGGCAGCGCGGGCAGAACGGACAGUCAUAUACACUAUCAGGUCGAUGCGGCCACGAAGUUCGCAGAGAGCAAAGUGAAAGAGAAAACCAGAAAGGGCUACAAGAAGUGCGGCAAGGCAAAGGUGUGCCCGGCAUUCUUGAAGCCGAAGUAUUCCAAGGACUUCGUGGAGGGCACCAUCACUAAGGCCAAAAAUAUCAGUCCAAAAGGCAUGGCUUACGAGUGCGAAGCCCAGACUGCUUGCAAAGCCAGGGGGGACUGCAAAGGGUACUUCGAGCAUGUGGGUUACGAUGGCUACCCCACCUAUCACCUCUUGGCUCCUGGUACGGAGACUUGGAAGAAAGGCUCCCACACAGGCCUUGUUGCAUCUGUAAGAGUGAAAAAGGAAGGUGCGAAGGCAGUUGCGGCGGCAAAGACAUCUGAAGCAGCCGGUCAUGGUCCGAAGAAGCCAGUGAUGAAGGUCUUGAAGAAACCAGCAAAGUGCUAA